AUGAUUGACACUGGUCGUCUUUUCAUCGUUGGGGUCAGUUCGCUUGUUAGUUUUUUGGCGUAUAGUAGUCAAAUUUUCAUUUUCUGGGAUUUCUUGGGUGGUCUUAAUGUUCAAUGUUUGACGGUCCUCAUUCCCUUCAACAUUGCCGUGUUGAUGAUAUUCUACAACUAUUACAUGACGUGUAAUACUGACCCGGGGAGGGUGCCAAAGGAUUGGUGCCCCGAGGAGGGUCAAGAUAACAUUGAGAUAAAAAGAACGACACAUGCGCCUAGAUAUUGUCGGACCUGUCUGGCUUAUAAACCACCCAGAUCUCAUCAUUGUCGAACUUGCAAAAGGUAUUGUUAUCAUGAUUUUAAUACGAAUCGAGAUAUUUCACCACAACACUCAUCGCUAAAUGUUGUGGACUCAUGUCACUUCGCACCUCAUCAUAAUCAACUCUAUUCUUCAUGUGCACAAUUUCACAAAGGCCCGUGGACAAAUAACUGCGUGGGCUACUACAAUUAUGGACACUUUAUACGAUUUGUAUUUUGGGUGGAUGUGGCGUGCAUAUAUCACUUCAUAUUAAUGAUCAAGAGGACCAUGCAAAUAAUUGACGAUAUGUCGAUGAUCAGGUUUGAGAAAGAACCGACGACGAUCGAAAUGAUUUUCAUAGUUCUAAACUACGCUGCUGUCACCCCGGUCCUCUUUUCCGUCGGUAUACUGAGCAUGUAUCACUUUUAUUGCAUGUGGUCGAACACCACCACAAUAGAAAAUUGGGAAAAGGAUAAGGUGUUGACCAUGGUUCGUCGAGGAAAAAUCAAAGAGGUGGUGUUUCCAUAUGACAUUGGAAUUUUGGAAAACGUCAAAUCAAUUCUUGGGGAUAAUCCAUUGCUAUGGUGUUGGCCGCAACAGAUUAAAGGCAAUGGGUUGUCUUUUCCAAUUUCGAGUAAUGCAGAUCCCACUCUCAUUUGGCCUCCCAAGGAUCCAAACGCGAAAGCAACCACCCAAUUACCACCGAAACCUUGGGAACUUUAUAAUCUUAACCAAAAUCAAUUUUAUCGCACUAAUAAUAGUCAAAAAUUUUCAUAUAAUAAUUCUUCUUCACACCGACGUAAUCGUACACAUCGACAUGUCAGGAGGGACAGUGAGGGAUAUAUAGUUCGAGAUAUAUCUUUGGAAGAAAGAGCAAUGUUGGCCGAAGAUCACAGGCAUCGAAUUAAUUCAAAUGAUGUUGACAAUUAUCAUGAUGAAGAUGUUCCUUCUGACGGAAGCACAUUAUAUUCGAGUAGUGAGGAGUUUUCGAAUAAUGAGCAAUCAGAAGAGGAUGAUUUUGAUGAUGAUAAUUAUCCCGAGCACAUGGGAAUCGGGAAUGAUGAAAAUGGUGAAGAAGGAAUAGUUAGCAAUCCCAAAUACCAUCAUCGAACCAGGCACAGAGAAUACGAUUACAAUAGAAGGGGUGACAACGAUGAAAUACAAGAUGAUGACAGCGACGAGAAUAUACCACUUGGCAUGAUUAUUGGAAAGAAACAAUCACACGCGAUGAACCACGAAUCGGGUUUUUCUGAAACUUGUCUAAAGGCAUCGUCUCUUGAUGAUGACAUGAGUAAUGGUGGUGUCAUUGGUAGUGACAAAGUUGAAAAGGUCGAUUGA